CGUGAAACAGAGCGAUUAGCGCAGCCUCUGUCAGUGUAUUUCUGUCAAGAGGCCGAGGGGAUGGCAGGAAGUGCAGUGAUGUUAAGCUGGUGAGGAAAGGUGGCAGGUGAGUGUGUCUCUCCAUCUCUCCAGGGUGACGUGGGCCUCAUCCCCCGGAUCUGCGAGGGCUUGUUCAGCCGCAUCUCCGACAUGAGCCGCUGGGACGAGGCCUCCUUCCGCACCGAGGUCAGCUACUUGGAGAUCUACAACGAGCGGGUUCGGGACCUUCUGCGGAGGAAGUCCACCAAGACGUUCAACCUGCGGGUUAGAGAGCAUCCCAAGGAUGGCCCCUACGUGGAAGACCUAUCGAAACACCUGGUGCAGAACUACGGUGACGUGGAGGAUCUGAUGGAGGCCGGCAACAUCAACCGCACCACGGCGAGCACGGGCAUGAAUGACGUCAGCAGCCGCUCGCACGCCAUCUUCACCAUCAACUUCACGCAGGCUAAGUUCGACGCGGAGAUGCCCUGCGAGACCGUGAGCAAGAUCCACCUGGUGGACCUGGCGGGCAGCGAGCGGGCAGACGCCACAGGGGCCACUGGUGUCAGACUGAAGGAGGGCGGCAACAUCAACAAGUCCUUGGUCACUCUAGGCAAUGUCAUCUCGGCGCUGGCUGACCUUUCUCAGGACAGCAGUGGGGGCUCCUGUGGCAAGAAGAAGCAGGUGUUUGUGCCGUACAGAGAUUCUGUGCUGACGUGGCUGUUGAAGGACAGCCUGGGUGGGAACUCCAAGACCAUAAUGAUUGCCACCAUCUCGCCCGCCGACGUGAACUACGGCGAGACACUAAGCACGCUCCGCUACGCGAACCGGGCCAAGAAUAUCAUCAACAAGCCCACGAUCAACGAGGACAGCAACGUGAAGCUGAUCCGUGAGCUGAGGGCGGAGAUCGCCCGUCUGAAGGCACUACUCGCCCAGGGCAACCAGAUUGCGCUGCUGGACUCGCCCACGGCCCUCAGCAUGGAGGAGAAGCUUCAUCAGAACGAGGCCAGAGUCAUUGAACUGACCAAGGAAUGGACGAACAAAUGGAAUGAAACCCAGAACAUACUGAAGGUAAGUCGACAUUCCAAACCUGCCGGGGAAUACCUACUUAUCCAAUGGUGCCAUUGCCUAGGGGUCAAACGGUCAGAGCUGCCAGUGGGACCCGCCAUAGGCCUGACCCUCAGCAGCAGCAGCGGUAGAGAUCGUUCGGCCUUGUCCUGCAUCCGACUCCUUGCAGUUCACCCGCACGGCCACUAG